AUGCUGCUGUACCAGGUGAAGAACUGGAAGUCCAUGUGUAAGGGACUCAUCCUGGGGACUCUCUUAACCAGCUUCAUGUUGCUGCUGUACUCCUACGCCAUCCCACCCUUGCAAGUCAGCAUGACAGAGAUCCCGAUCCCUUACUCAUGCUCUUCAUACUCUGCCCGAACCCGACGGCCUGUUUCAGCAAACAGCACCCAUAAUCCACCAGGACAGAAGUGUCUUCCCAAACUGAACAUCAUGUUCAUGAAAACCCACAAGACGGCCAGCAGCACCAUCCUCAACAUCCUCUUCCGCUUUGGGCAGAAGCACCGCCUCAAGUUUGCCUUUCCUAACGGUCGCAAUGACUUCUACUACCCAUCCUACUUUGAACGUAGCCAGGUGCAUGGCUACCAGCCCGGCAUGUGCUUCAAUAUCAUUUGUAAUCACAUGCGCUUUCAGUACGAGGAGGUGCGUAAACUGUUGCCAGCUGACACCACCUAUGUGACAGUGCUGCGGGACCCUGCCUACCUCUUUGAGUCUUCCUUCCACUACUUUGGACGUGUGAUUCCUUUGACCUGGAAGUUGUCAGGUGAGGAUAAACUGGCUGAAUUCUUGCGUGACCCCAAGCAUUAUUAUGAUCCCAAUGGGUUCAAUGCUCACUACCUCCAGAAUAUCCUUUUCUUUGACUUGGGCUAUGACAACAACAUGCAUGCCGACAACCCCCUGGUUGACCAGUACAUCCAUGAGACUGACCAACGUUUCCAUCUGGUCAUGCUGUUGGAGUACUUUGAUGAAUCUUUAGUGCUUCUGAAGGACUUGCUGUGCUGGGAGCUGGAGGAUAUCCUCUACUUCAAGCUCAAUGCUCGGAAAGACUCUACAGUCUCCAGACUGACUGAUGAACUCUACCAGAAGGCCACAGCAUGGAAUCACAUAGAUGCCAAGCUCUACCAGUAUUUCAACGCUACCUUUUGGCACAAAGUGGAAGUAUAUGGCCGAGAACGGAUGGCCAGGGACGUGGCCAAACUUCAUGAAGAGAACGAGAAGAUGAAGAGCAUCUGCAUCGAUGGGGGACACCCUGUGGAUGCCAAUGCCAUCCAGGAAUCCUCCAUGCAACCGUGGCAGCCACUGGGUGAGAAGACUAUCCUGGGCUACAAUCUGAAAAAGAGGAUCAACAAGAAGCAUCGCAAGCUUUGCCGCAAGAUGUUGACACCUGAGAUCCAGUAUAUGUCAGACCUGGGAGCCAGCCUCUGGAUCACUAAGCUAUGGAGCCGGGUGCGGGUGUUCCUCAAGUGGUAG